GUGAAGGAUCACGUGAUGUAAACAGACUGGCCGGCGAAGACAUUACAGUUACGUGCAAAAAUGAAAUUUGGUUGCACAUUUUGUGUUCUACUGUCAGUAGUAUGUGUCAGUUAUGUCAUAGAAGCGAUUAAAGGUAACCGCUUCUGGAAAAUCAGGGAAAGGGUGGAGGAACACAGACGAAAACAUGCAGACGCUGUUAUUGCUGCUCGGCAUAGGUCGAGUCCAGUAAAGACAUUCUUCAUCGAACAACCCCUAGAUCACUUUAACGCAAUUUCUAAGGGACUGGGAAAGACCUACAAGCAGCGUUACUAUGUGAACGCCGAGUUCUGGUUUGGUAACAAGAGCCCAGUGUUUCUGUUCAUUGGAGGAGAAGGGACUCUCACCUCUAGAGAUGUGGAAAUUGGUGAGAUGUAUAACUUGGGAAAAGCAAAUAAGGCACUUUUGUUAGGAGUGGAACAUCGCUUUUACGGAGCGAGUCUUAACGAUGAUGGCCUUCAGUUAGAGGAACUACAAUAUCUGUCAAGUCAACAGGCACUUGCUGACCUGGCCACUUUUGUGCACUUUAUUCGUUCGGAAUAUGGCAUCCCAGAGUCCACACCCUGGAUUUGUUUUGGUGGAAGCUACCCUGGAGCUCUGUCAGCCUGGUUUAGACUCAAGUAUCCUCAGUUAGUGGCAGGAGCUGUUGCAUCGUCUGCACCAGUGAGGGCUGUUACAAACUUUGAAGGCUAUAAUGAUGUAGUUGCUAAAAGUCUAAGCAACCCAGUAGUUGGAGGAUCACCAGAGUGUCUGGAUGCAGUACGGACAGCAUUUAGUGUCAUAGAUUCCAUGAUAGAUAACGGCAAAACUGAUCAACUGAAGGAGGAUUUUCUAUCCUGUAACCACUUAAUGAUGAAAGAGGACCAAGUACAGUUUGUCACGAAUUUGGCCGGCAAUAUCAUGGGAGUAGUCCAGUAUAACAACGAAAUUCCGGGCCAGAACAUCUCUCAUGUGUGUGAUGUCAUGCUCUCAGCCAGCAACCCGUACUCAAAUCUGAUUAAACUAAACAAGGAGAUGCUGUUAGAAUCAAACGAGACAUGCGUAGACAAUUGUUUCAUGAACUACACACGCACAAUGAGUAAUACAACGGUGGACAGGAAUGCCACCGGGGCUGGCAUUCGUCAGUGGACGUUUCAGACAUGUUCCCAGUUUGGAUACUAUCAAACAUGCGACAAAAACACGUCCUGCCCGUUCUCCAAGUUAAUGUCACUUGAUUUCAGUGACCUUCAAAUAUGCCAGAAAGUGUUCAAAAUAAAUGAAGAGGAUGUCUUCUCAAAUGUCCAGUUCUCGAAUGAUUACUAUGGUGCAAAUCACACAGCUCAAUCCAACAUUGUUUUUGUGAAUGGUAACAUUGACCCUUGGCAUUAUUUGAGUAUUCUGGCUGACCAAGAAAUGUACCGCAACGUUGCUGUGUUCAUUGAUGGAACGGCCCACUGCGCAGAUUUGGGCUCCUCAAAGCCCACUGACCCAGAGUCUUUGACUGAUGCUCGUAUGGCAAUUGCCAGAUAUGUAACUCAGUUUCUGGAUCUGGCCUACGCUUCUGUUUCCAUGCACUAAGGUGAUCCGAAAUCAAGUGCUGGAUUCCUGCAUGUUCCAGGGAGAUACACAAGCCAUAUGGCUAUAUUUUAAUUUUUUACAUUGAAAAAUAUCACAGUUGAAUAUCAUUAUUAUAAUGAUAAUGCUUUCUUCUGAUAAAUAUCAAUACUUAUGGAUUGCUGGUUCAAAGAUUGUAAGGGGGAGGACAACCCCUGGACUCCCACUCUCUCCAGAAUUCUUGAUUUAUCUGCUGUCAUGUGCCAUAAUUCCUCUUGGAAAAAAUGCCUUUUUGGGCAUUGGUUAACACUUUAUUAUCAUAUGUAUGAUGACAAGGAAACUUUUGUUUUCCAUGUUUUAUCCAGAUUUUUUUAAGUUUUACUAAAUAUGGUUGUUAGUCGAAUGAAAAAUAGCAUUAUUUACAAUUAAGGAAAAAUGUCUUAAUUUUGAUGUGUGGUGACUCCAUAUUAUUUUGGUAUUGUGUGGAAUUAUUAUACAGAUAACGGUUAUAAUAUUGCUAAGACUUGUUUUGACAUGGAAAGAUUGAACAAUUUAACAAUUCACUGCCAAAUUCAUUUGAAAUAAAGAACAAAAAUAGUCAUUUAUAUAACAUCUAAGUAAUGAGUUAGCAUUAUAUCCUUUCAAUUCAUACCAGGGCUGGUAUUCAAUAUUGGACUAAACUUGGAUCAAAGAACGAUGUAGCUAAUAGGAUUACUUGUUAUUAAAAACUGACCAAUAGAUUGAAUGAAGUUACAGUAAUGAUGUAUGAUCCUAGGAUUAACUAAAGUUGCAUUUUGAAUACUAGCAAUGGCAUAAUGUACAUAUGGUCAUCAGGCAACAAGAUUUAACCUAAGGACAAAAAUUUGAUACCUUAAAGCUGCACUCUCAAAGAUUUACCAUUUGGACAACUUUUUUAUUUUUAAUCUUGGAAUGAGCCUUUUUUUGGCAAAAAAUACAUGGUAACCAGUGAAAUAAGACUGCUGACAACAAAUCUGAUCGCAGGUUUUCAUAUUCAUGUUCAAAAAUUGAUGUUUUAUGCAUUUGUAUUUAAGUGCAAGUAACACUUUUAGCCAUUAAACAUAAAUUUUUGAACGGAAAUAUUAAAUACUGUUAUCUGAUAUUUUGUCAGCAGUCUCAUAUCACUGGUUUUCAUAUAUUUAUGCAAAAAUUGGUUUAUUUCAUAACAAAAUUUAAAAACCUUUUCAUAACGAUAACUCUGAGAGACUGCAGCUUUUAAAAGCUUCUAUAUAUCAGGUUGAUGAUUUAAAGUUACAAACUUAGGUAACUUGUUAAUUGGUAUAAUGGAUAACAGCAAAUUUUCGAACUGAAUAGGCUGUAUUAUUUCUGCAUUGAAAUUUAACACCUCCACCAUCUCCCGAAAGCUCCUGGAUUACUGUUGUAUGGUAUUUACUAAACAAAUUGUAAAAAGUUGCAUCAUAUGUUAGGUAUUAUAAGUUCAAGCAUUGAAUUUUGCUUUUUUCUAUUUUUCCUAUACACUUAAAAUCUGUGAUAACGUUCAUGUAAUGUAUUGAUGAUUUGCCGAUUGCAUAUUAUAGUGUGAAAUAUACAUGAACCCAUGAAACA